GCGAGGUUUGACGCCAUCGCCCUCACGCCCUGCAUGGUGGCAGAGAAGGGGAAGGUCGGUGGCCGCAGCGAGUUCUGGCAUUUGCGGCGCGGCGAAGAGAGUGGCGCAAAGCUGCGGUUUAGGGGGAAGACGGGGGAUAUGUUGCACUUCGAGGGCGCGCGGGGUGCGGAGAGGAGGGUGCGCGCGGUGCGUGCCGCUGAUGGCGAGGUGGAGCACUACGAGGGCGAGCAAGGUGCGGAGCGGUGUGUGCGCGCCGAGUUUGCCAACGGCAUGGUGCAGCACUACGAGGGCGAGGGAGAUGCGGAGCGGAUGGUGCGCGCUGAGUUUGCCGACGGCAUGGUGCUGUACUACGAGGGCGAGCGAGGAGCGGAGCGGAGGGUGCGCGCGGAGUAUCCCGACGGCGAAGAGUGGUACUACGAGGGCGAGCGAGAUGCGGAGCGGCUGGUGCGCAAAGAGCUUGCCGACGGCGUGGUGCACUAUGAGGGCGAGCAAGAUGCGGAGCGGAUGGUGCGCGCUGAGUUUGCCGACGGCAUGGUGCUGUACUACGAGGGCGAGCGAGGAGUGGAGCGGAGGGUGCGCGCGGAGUAUCCCGAUGGUUAA